AUGUUCUCCUGUUGUACUCGGACCACUCGAGGCUCAGGCCUCAAGAAAGACAAUAGGGAAGGCCACAGAGGUGUCUGGAGGCACAGGAUUCACUCUUGCCUUCAACGCCUGUGGCCAUUUUCCCGAAAGGGAAAUAUCUUACCUAAUGGCAGCCAAGACCAGGACUGCGCAGACCAGGAUCUGAGGGAGCCCAGUAGAAAGCCAUACCUCAGUGCAGAGGCUGUGAUUAAGCUGGUGAGCAGGCCGGUGCCUUCUCUGGAGGAAGAGAACUCCUUCUUUUCCCCUGCCUUUCUUUCCAAAUAUCGAAGUUUUGUCACACCCCUACAUGUAAAGACCCUAGAGCUCAUGAGUUAUGCCUUCUUCGGCCCUUAUGAAGAGGAUGCACAAGUAAUGAACACUCUCUGUGGCUUCCUGCAUGCCUGGAUGGACAAGAACCCUGAGGACUUUUGUGGGCCCACAGAUUUGUUCCCUGUGAGAUACAUGGAAGCCUACUGGAGUGCAUUCAUGCCACACUCUGGUGUUAUUGUCAAUAACAAUAUGCUCCCUACCCCAGCUGAAGGAAGAACAGACUAA